AUGAGGGUAGUACCCACAGUCAAUAGCCGUGUGAAACCCUACAAGGGACAGCUGCUGGAACAAUGUGUAGAUCAACCUGGACUGGGUGUAGUCACCCAGGAAGGUGAAGAAGAGUUCAAAGCUGAAUGGGUGGUGGAUGCAUGCUUGAAGUGUGGAAAAUUAGAGCUCCUGAAUCCCUUGGCUCUUCAGAAACCUAGAGGCAUGGAUUUGAAUCUUUUUAAUUCCCUUUUUCAACCAAUGCUUAAAACUCCAACUACUACCUCCAGUACUUGGUAUCGCCUGAAAGUCAAACCUUAG